AGGUUGAUUCUAAUCAAUAAAAAUAAAAAAUAAAAUGGAUUUGGAUGCACUUAAUCUUAGCUCAGCGAGUAGCUAAAAGUGCCAAAACGACAACGUGUUUUGAAAUUUCUUCUCGUCACUUUUGACUUUCUUCAAUUAUUUCAGUUGUAGAAGAAAGUUUUUAAGUAGCAAGAAUUGGUCAGCACUUGGACCUCCAUUGCUCCAUCUCCUCUGACCGAAGACCAGUCAAUGCUGAAAAACUCGUUUUCUGUUGGUCAAACUUUGAGAAAUUUCUCCACUACCUUCUCCAUUUAUAACCCAAACCUUCCAUUUUCUUCUUUAACACACAGCAAAAGCUUCACAUCACUCUUACCAAUUUCACUCUCAUCUCAUCUUUUAAACUCUCCUAUUUUGGGACAUAUUCCAUGAUUGUAGCUUCUUUUUGCUUUACCAUUCUCGUCUUUCCAAUUCUCUGGCCUCCUUUUUCUGCUCCUUACCGUAAAGCUUCUACUGUUUGACACAUUAAGUAGCAGAUAACUAAUCAGUUUCAACACUCAUUGAUACUGACAUUGAAUUGAUUUUCUGAGAUUGAAUAUUGAAAAAUGGCGGGUGAGUGGAGCUGGGAGCAGAAGAUGUUAAUCAAUGAGCUAAUUCAAGGGAUGGAACAAGCCAAACAGUUGAAGGUUCAACUGGGUACGAAAUCCACUGCCCAAACCAGACAAGUGCUUGUGCAGAAUAUAUUAUCUUCUUAUGAGAAGGCUCUUUCGAUCUUGAAAUGGGGUGGAUCAAUCACUCAUCCUCAAACUGUUGAACCUGAGUCCCCUCUGUCCAUCAACGGCAGUCCAGGGAGUGACUAUUUUGAUGUGUCUCUUAAGGACAGUCAAGACACCAAAGGGUAUUCAAAGAAGAGAAAGAUGUUGCCAAAAUGGACAGAACACAUGAGAGUUAGCACUGAGACAGGAUUUGAAGGACCAGUUGAUGAUGGCUAUAGCUGGAGAAAAUAUGGACAGAAAGAUAUAUUAGGAGCUAAAUAUCCUAGGAGCUAUUACAGAUGCACUUACCGCAACACACAGAACUGUUGGGCUACAAAGCAAGUUCAACGGUCAGACAAGGAUCCCACCAUAUUUGAAGUUACAUACAGAGGAGUGCAUGCCUGUUCCCAUGGAACACAAUUAGUUCAACCACCAGCAUCCCCCGACAAAGAUGAACACAAGCUACACAACCAUAAUCAUCAACAGAAAGAAUCACAAGAAAUUCUCUUAAAUCUUCGACAAGACCUAACAAUCAAAACUGAGGGCUUGAACAAAAAUGACAUGCCACCUUCUUUCUCUUUCCCAUCGACAUCAUUUAGCUGCAGAAAUAGAGAAAACCAUAAUUUCUCACCACCUACAUUUGAGAAUAACAUUGUGUCAUGUUUCUUUUCUCCCUCAUUUAUAUCUCCAGCAACACCUGAAUCAAACUACCGCUCAGCUUUGCCAUUCCAAAUGAACAACCUUGGAAGGCUUCAUGACGUGUGUUCUGAAUCUGAUUUUACUGGGUUAAUUUCAGCAAAUACUUCAGCUAGCAAUUCACCCAUUUUGGACGUCGAUUUCUCUCUUGAUCCAAUUGAACUUGAUCCAGAGUUCCCAUUUAAUACUCCGGAAUUUUUCCCCUGAUUUCCUCUCUGCACUUAAAAAUAAGAACAAAGAGAAACCAGCAUUCAGGGAGCAUGUAAAUUUACUUUUAAAAGUUCUAUAUUCCACUCGUAUUGUGUUGUAGGUAAUGGUGCUUGUAGACUAGAAAUUCUGUGAUGCAAGCUGUUGAGUUAGAGUUUAUCUAGUCGUAACAAAGCUUUCCAUUUUCUCUCUAA